CUUGCUGCUCUUUGGCGACUAAACAUGUGCAGCAUGGGUGUCCUUCUCCUUCGAUCCGCGCUCGAUGAGUUUUGGAUCGCGGGGUGUUUUAAACUGGAUAAAACUGGAUUUUACAUCGGCAAGCUCACGACCAGGGGCCAAACAGCCCAGAGUGGAGCGAGGAGGGAAGAGAAGACCAAGAAGAAGGCAGAACGAAACACCCCCCCAAAAAAACCCACUACCUACUGGAGCAGCAAGGAAACCCAAGGAAACUAUCUCGAUAGACAUCAUGACAGCUCCAAGAUCAAUCGCCAAUGUCUAUGCCAACGUCAACGCGGAGUACGGUCAAACUUGGUGGGACUAUGAUGGAUUGUCAGUUUCAUGGGGUCACCAAGAUAAUUACGAGAUCGUUAGGAAAGUCGGCCGUGGUAAAUAUUCGGAGGUUUUCGAAGGUGUCAAUAUUGUAAACGAUGAGAAAUGUAUCAUUAAGGUCCUAAAACCAGUCAAGAAGAAAAAAAUCAAACGGGAGAUCAAGAUUCUACAAAACUUAGCCGGUGGCCCCAACAUCAUCACCUUAUUGGACGUCGUCCGUGAUCCACAGUCAAAAACGCCAUCGAUCGUCACAGAAUACAUCAACAACACCGACUUUAAAGUCCUCUAUCCCAAAUUUAGUGAUUAUGACGUUCGGUUCUACAUCCUCGAACUACUCAAAGCACUCGACUUUGCCCACUCCCGAGGAAUCAUGCACAGAGAUGUCAAGCCCCACAACGUGAUGAUCGACCAUGAACGUCGCCAACUACGCCUGAUCGAUUGGGGUCUCGCCGAGUUUUAUCAUCCGAAUACCGAGUAUAAUGUACGGGUCGCCUCAAGAUAUUUCAAGGGACCCGAAUUACUCGUCGACUUUCAAGAGUAUGACUACAGCCUCGAUAUGUGGAGUCUCGGUUGCAUGUUCGCAUCGAUGAUCUUUCGAAAGGAGCCUUUCUUCCACGGACAUGAUAACUAUGAUCAAUUGGUGAAGAUUACCAAAGUACUUGGGACGGAUGAGUUAUAUGCCUACUUGGAGAAAUACGAUAUCGAAUUGGAUGCUCAGUACGAUGAUAUCUUGGGACGUUACCAGCGGAAGCCUUGGAGUCGUUUCCUUACAACUGAGAAUCAGCGGUUCAUUUCUAAUGAAGCAAUAGAUUUCCUUGAUAAGCUUCUCCAGUACGAUCACCAAGAGCGACUGACUGCACAUGAAGCCAUGAUGCAUCCCUACUUCGAACCUGUUCGACAACGAGAAGGAAUGCCCUUCAGCUCAUCUGCACCAAGGGCUGAAGAAACUGAAGGAUAAAUACUGAGUGGUCAUCUAUCACAUAUAGAUAAUCUACUAUCGCCUACAGCCUCACCCGCAAACAAACACACGCACGCCAACCACCUGUAUUUCAAUCCUCAACUUCAAUCACGGUCUUCACUUCUUUUCAUUUCAUUUCAUCUUCAAUUUCUAUGAAAUAAAAAAAACAAAGAUCGGGAUGGUUGCUUUUUUCAGAAUUUAAUCCAAUUGCCUUGUGUCCGUUCUUUGUCUUUUUGUUUCCAUUCCUUUAUACAUCAUAUACAAAUAUAUGAACUACUGUGAGUGUGUGGGUUGGUGUAAUGGCAGACAAGAAAGGCUUUGAAAAUAUAUCGGUUGUCCUUCUUGUUGAAUGGUCAGAUGCCAUGAAAGAAAUUCCUAAAAA